AGGAAUAACGUACAAGUCAACACGCUAAAGCACCUGAUCACCGCCCAAAAGCAAUAUAAAAAAGAAAACUAAUUUUAGUAUGUUUUUAGUAUGUUUUUUUUUGGAAAUGAUCAUAUGCAGAUUAGUGAGUUAAUGGGUAAGGAGAAAUCUCCUAGUGGAGGUCUUCCUCCUCCAUCUCCAUCUCCAUCUCCAUCAGGUCGUUACUCACCUAAUGGAAGUAGCUUUGCAAUGAAACCUGAAUCAUCCUUUCCUCCUUUGACUCCAAGUGGUAGCAGCUCUGAUGCUAACCGAUUCAGCCACGAUAUAAGCCGAAUGUCUGAUAACCCACCCAAGACUCUAGGCCAUCGCCGAGCUCACUCAGAGAUCCUUACUCUUCCUGAUGACUUGAGCUUUGAUAGUGAUCUUGGUGUGGUUGGUGCUGCUGCUGAUGGACCUUCUUUCUCUGAUGACACGGACGAGGACUUGCUCUCUAUGUAUCUAGACAUGGAUAAGUUCAAUUCCUCGGAGGCGUCUUCUUCUCUGGUGGGUGAGCCAUCAGAACCGUCUUGGAGGAAUGAGUUGGGAUCGACUUCUAGUGAAAGACCGAGGAUCAGGCACCAACACAGCCAAUCUAUGGACGGUACAACGAGUAUAAAGCCUGAGUUGCUUAUGUCUGGGAGUAAUGAAGAUGCUAAGAAACGUCUCUCUGCUGCUAAACUCUCGGAGCUUGCUCUCAUUGAUCCAAAACGUGCUAAGAGGAUAUGGGCAAACAGGCAGUCUGCUGCGAGGUCUAAAGAGCGGAAGAUGAGAUACAUAGCGGAGCUCGAGAGGAAAGUACAGACUUUGCAAACAGAAGCUACUUCUCUCUCAGCGCAGUUGACUCUCUUACAGAGAGAUACAAAUGGACUGAGUGUUGAAAACAAUGAGCUGAAACUCAGAGUACAGUCAAUGGAGCAACAAGUUCAUCUACAGGAUGCGUUAAAUGAGGCACUGAAGGAGGAAGUCCAGCAUCUGAAGGUAUUAACGGGGCAAGGUGUUUCAAACGGUACAUCAAUGAUGAACUAUGGCUCCUUUGGAUCAAACCAGCAAUUUUAUCCGAGUAAUCAGUCCAGGCACACUAUGUUAGCCGCUCAACAGUUCCAGCAGCUUCAAAUCCAGUCACAGAAACAGCAGCAACUUCACCAACAACAAAUGUAUCAGCUUCAGCAGCAGCAGCACAUUCAACGGCAUGAACAACAAAGCGGUGCUACUGAGCCGAGAAGGCCCAUGUCUUCUUCGGGUCAGAAAGAGAGUUCAGCAUCGCCUGAUCCUGAGGCUACCUUGACAAAGGACUGAAGAGUGUAGACUUGUGUAGUGUCCAAUUAAGUGAAGUGCUGUCCGAAGAUCUUUCUCUUCCCAAUUACAAAGCCGUGGUGUUUUCUCCAUGAUCAGAAGAGGCUCAUUGAUAUAUUGCAUUCUAGAGUUAAAAACAAGACACCUUAGAAGUUUGUUUUCUGCUUAUAGUUUACAGUCUUCUCUUUGUAUGGUCCUAAGCUAAACAUUUGGUUAAAACUGUGGUUUUGAAUCCAAGUCUGUAGUCUUUCUAACCAGAUUCAAACUCUUUGGCUUUUGCUUUGAAGCUUAUGCCAAGUCUA